AUGUCCGACCCUGUCGCUGAGGUCACCGAGGCCACUGUCAAGCUCGUGCUUGACGAGGUGACAGGCGAGCAGGUCACUCGCAAUGAGUUGAAGAAGCGAACCCAGAAGCGAGCCAAGAAGGCUGCUGCUCAGGCCUCACGAGAGGAGAAGGCAAAGAACCAGGAGGCGAACCCCAAGCCUGCUGCGCCCAAGCCCAAGGCUCAGGAGCCCACCCAGCUCGACCCCGAUGCCAUGUUCAAGCAGGGCUUCCUCGCCGAUGUAUACAAGGAGAGACCUGUGAAGCCUGUUGUCACCCGAUUCCCUCCCGAGCCAAACGGAUACCUUCACCUGGGUCACGCCAAGGCCAUUGCCAUUGACUUUGGAUUUGCUCGCUACCACGGUGGCAAGACGAUCCUUCGAUUCGAUGACACAAACCCCGACGAAGAGGAGGAGAUUUACUUCGAAUGGAUCCUAAAGAUCAUCAGGUGGCUUGGAUUUGAGCCUAGCGCCAUUACACACUCUAGCGACAACUUCCAGAAGCUAUUCGAUCUCGCCAAGGAGCUUAUCAAGAAGGACAAGGCAUACGUCUGCCACUGCAACGAGGCCGAGAUCAAACUUCAGCGUGGUGGAAAGGAAGGAAAGGAAGGACCCCGAUACCGUUGCGCCCACGCCGAGCAGGAUGUCGAGACAAACCUCCAGAAGUUCCAGGAUAUGCACGAUGGAAAAUACGCACCCCAGACUGCUUUCCUUCGCAUGAAGCAGGACAUCACAAACGGCAACCCCCAGAUGUGGGAUCUUGCUGCCUACCGUAUACCUAAGAACCAGAAGGUUCAUCACCGAGCGCCUGAGUGGAAGAUUUUCCCUACCUACGAUUUCACACACUGUCUUUGCGACAGUUUCGAGGGUAUCACACACAGUCUAUGCACCACCGAGUUUAUUCUGUCUCGUGAAAGUUACGAGUGGCUGAACAAGUCCCUCGAGGUCUACGAGCCGAUGCAGCGAGAGUUUGGCCGACUCAAUGUUAGCGGAACCAUCAUGAGCAAGCGAGCUCUCAAGAAGCUCGUUGAGGGCGGAUAUGUUCGAGCUUGGGAUGACCCUCGUCUGUACACACUGAUCGCCAUCAAGCGUCGUGGUAUCCCCCCUGGCGCUCUUUUGGCUUUCAUCAACGAGCUCGGUGUUACCACAGCCAAGACAAUCAUCCAGAUUGCACGAUUCGAGCAGACCGUCCGCCGUUAUCUCGAGAACACUGUGCCACGACUCAUGCUUGUCUUGGACCCUGUUCCCGUGACGAUUGAGGAUCACGAGGAAACUGCGGAACUUGAGGUUCCUUACUCCCCCAAGGACCCCAAGUUCGGUACUCACAAGGUUCGAUUUACCAAGACUGUCUACAUUGACCGAUCCGAUUUCCGAGAGGAGGAUAUUAAGGGCUACUUCCGACUUGCCCCUGGUAAGACUGUUGGUCUUCUCAACGCUCCUCACCCCAUCAAGGCUACUUCGUUCGAGAAGGACGAGUCAGGCAAGGUCACUAGUAUCAAGGCUGUGUUCGACAAGGAGAGCAAGCCCAAGACCUACAUCCAGUGGGUGCCCGAGGGCUCCAUCAAGUUAGAGGCCCGUGUGCAAAGUCCUCUGUUCAAGUCUGACGACCCUACCGCGGUUGAGGGUGGCUUCUUGAACGACAUCAACCCCGACAGUGAGGUCGUCUACCCCGAGGCUCUUGUUGAGGAGGGCUUUAAUGAGGUGCGCCAGCGCGCUCCUUGGCCCGUUACAGCGGGCGAGACCAACGAGGCUAGCGGCCCCGAAAGUGUUCGAUUCCAGGCUAUGCGUGUCGCCUACUUUGCCAUGGACUCGGAUAGCACAGAUGACAAGAUUGUGCUUAACCGUAUUGUUUCUCUGAAGGAGGAUCGUGAAAAGAACUAG